AAUUCCGAGGUGAUACGUACCGAGAGAGAGAGAGGAUCGUUGCGCGUCGAGAAAAAAAAUUGCAUCGAGACGGACUUGGAGUCGCGGGCGUGGCAAGCGCAAAAUUGACUAUUUAAUCGAGUGGCAGUUCGGCAGCUGACACUGUAGAGAGAGACAGAGAGAGAGACGUCUAAUUUACCAAUGUAAUAAUAAUAAAUGUUUUGGCCAACGCCACGACUCGGUGCUUCGAGCCGAGAGCAUUGCAGAUCGUGAAUUAUCUCCACGAGUGGGCUCUCGAUCACUGUGUUGAUUGCGAGCGAACUGUUUACGAAUCGUAAUCGUAAUUGUCAAUUAAAGAGGAAUUGGAGUGCAAGGUGUUGGAUAUGAUGUCGGCUUCGAGAUAAAUAUCAUUGACCAAGACCAGUAGCCAAAAUGAACAAAAGAGGAAGUGCAGAUCUUUUGAGCAUCGAUCAAAACAAUUCCAAAAAUGCCAGCUCGGACUCACUUAACUCGGACAGCAAGAGCAGCUCGCUCAAUUCUAAAAUAGGACAAGAAUUGGAAAGUUGGGAAAAGGCAUCUCAUACAAAGAGCCUGUCCACAAGCUUAACUUCAACAGACAAUAAUAUCAUUUCUGCUCUAGAAACUAAAAAAGAAAAUCAAGGAAAAGAGGAUUUGAACUUGUCUGGCAAUGAGAGCGGUCCACUCUUACUCAAUGGAGAGAGAGUUCAAGGAGUCGCUCGAGAUGUUACAUACUUGUGUCCUUACUCUGGUCCAGCGCGAGGUGUGCUCACAUUCACCAACUACAAGCUGCAUUUCCGCAGCAUUGACAGAGAAACACCUUACGUGGUGGAAAUGCCACUUGGUGCUGUCAGUAGAAUAGAAAAAGUUGGUGGUGCAUCUAGUAGAGGAGAGAAUUCUUAUGGAAUAGAAAUCUUCUGCAAAGAUAUGCGCAAUCUCAGAUUUGCUCAUAAACAAGAAAAUCAUUCCAGGCGCAAUGUUUUUGAAAAACUGCAGCAGUAUUCAUUUCCUUUAUCUCACAACGAGCCAUUGUUUGCCUUUCAAUACUCUGAAACUUUCAGUGAGAAUGGUUGGAAUGUUUAUGAACCUAUUGCUGAAUUAAAACGAAUGGGUAUCAACAACGAUAUGUGGAAAAUAUCAAAGAUAAAUGACACAUAUUCCGUGUGCGACAGCUAUCCGGCCGUCUGGGCAGUGCCCACUGCGGCCACGGACGAGGAUCUUCAGGCCUCGGCGGCGUUCAGGAGUCGAGGACGUUUGCCGGUACUCUCGUGGAUUCAUCCCGAGAGCCAGGCGACGAUAACGCGAUGCGCUCAGCCGCUCGUCGGCGUCGGCGGCAAGAGGAGUCGCGAGGACGAGAGAUAUGUACAGUAUAUUAUGGACGCCAACGCCCAGAGUCACAAGCUCUUCAUCAUGGACGCGCGACCCAUGGCCAACGCCGUGGCCAACAAAGCCAAGGGCGGCGGUUACGAGGCCGAGGACGCCUACCAGAACAGCGAGGUCGUCUUUCUCGAUAUUCACAAUAUUCACGUGAUGAGAGAGAGCCUGAGGAAAUUGAAAGAGUUAUGUUUUCCUACCAUCGAUGAAACCAGAUGGUUAUCAGGCUUGGAAUCGACCAUGUGGCUCAAACACAUAAAAUGUAUAGUCGCCGGUGCAGUGAAAAUUGUCGACAAAGUCGAGACUCACAAAACCUCCGUACUGGUCCACUGUUCCGAUGGCUGGGACAGGACGGCACAGCUCACUGCCUUGGCGAUGUUGCUGCUCGACCCGUACUACAGAACUAUCAAGGGAUUCGAAGUGCUGAUUGAAAAGGAAUGGCUGAGCUUUGGUCAUAAAUUUCAACAGAGGAUAGGUCACGGAGACGAGCACCACAGCGAUGCCGACAGGUCUCCGGUAUUCGUGCAAUUCAUCGACUGCGUUUGGCAAGUCACGCAGCAAUUCCCAAAUGCCUUUCAGUUCAACGAACACUUUUUAACGACGAUAUUGGAUCAUCUGUAUUCUUGUAGAUUCGGAACUUUCUUAUGCAGCAGUGAAAGAGAGCGAGUACAAGAAAGAUUGAAGGAAAAAACGGUGUCGUUGUGGUCGUACAUCAACAGUCAGUUGCCUCUUUACCAAAAUCCUCUCUAUUGGGAUGGUCCGACGCAUCAGCUCGUAUUGAUGCCGAUCGCGAGCAUGAGAUACAUCAAGCCGUGGAAGAGCUUCUACUGCAGAUGGAAUCCCAGCAUGCGGCAACAGGAUCCGGUGUAUCAACGCACCCGCGAACUUCUAGUCCAAAAGGAGCAGCUGAAGAAGAAGGCCGAGGAGUGCCGGCGAGAGCAGGCGGUGCGCACGAACGCGCGCAGCAUGAACUCGUCGGGUCAGGCUGCGCCGCGAUUGCACUCGCCGGUGCACUCUUAGCAUCAGCGGCCCGUCGACCAGCCGAGGCUGCUGCUCACCUGCAGCAUCAUGAACGAGCUCGAAAUUUAAGAGGGAUAACAACACACAUGCACACACACAUACGUACGGAACAACAAGAAGAAAUACAAAAGAUCUUAUUUUUUAUCGAUUAUAUCUCUUAGAUGCAACGACAAAGUUCACUGUACAGAUUAAAAAAAAAUUCGUUAUUAUGUCGAAUCGAUGGAAGAGGAGAAAGGGUUAGAAUAGGACUGAACGAAAGUAUAAACGGAGUAAACAGCGUGCAGCUUUCUUUGUAUUUUUUUUUCUUGUUUUUUUCUUCGUAAAAAUUAAAAUUUUGUUUGUUCUUUUUUUUGCUAAAAUAAUAUAUGUAUAAUGUAUAUAUUACAAAUCUUAAAGAUAAAAACGCAAGUAGUAGUUAAUAACACUCAUACAGUCGAUCAUUUAUAUAAAAAAAAA